AUGCCGUAUAAUGUUGCGGUAAUCGGACGUAGUGGAGUGGGAAAAAGUUCAUUUAUCAAUACUAUUCGUAAUAUAAAUAGUGAACAUUCAGAUUCAGCAGCUGUUGGCGUUAUCGAAACAACAAUUGAACCAAAAUGUUAUCGUUUUGAAACAAAUGCAUUUUUAUGGGAUGUUCAAGGUCUGGGUACUCCAUCAGUUUCAAAAGAUACUUAUUGUACGGCAAUUAACAUUCUUCGAUAUGAUAUGUUCUUAAUAUUAUCACGUGGACGAUUUUUAGAGGAUGAUCUUUGGUUAGCUAAUAUUGUACGUGAUAAAUUACAUAAAAAUUUAUUUUUUAUUCGUACAGGAACAGAUGAAGAAUUGAGAAACCAUCGUUCAGAUUAUCCGAAAAAGUUUAAUGAAACUCGUGUAUUAGAUAGUAUUCGAGAAAAUUGUUUACUUAAUUUAUAUCAAAAUUUUGGCACAUCGAAUACGUCAUUAUAUUUAAUUAAUGCUAAAGACAAAUCAAAAUAUGAUUUUCCAUUAUUAAUCAAAGAUAUAAUUAAUCACAUCAAUGGUGAAAAUAUGUUGCCUAUAUUGACAUUGAUAAAUGAUGAUAAUCAAACUACUCAAGUACCUUCACAAGAACAAUCAGUUGGUCAGAUUGUCGGCAGAGUAGCAUAUAAUUGGGCACGAUUUGGUCUAAUUUCAUAUAUUUAUGAUAAAUAUAAAUCUCAACCACAAUAA